CUUGAUCGUGUUUUCAUCAUGUGAUUGUGUCACAGCGAUUGUGCACCAUUCUGUCGCGUGCAGAACAGCUGACUUCGCUUGUGACUUUGCUUCAUUUUCUGUCGUGUGCCCUGAAUCGCCCUUCACAAUGACACCGAAGCCAGGCGGCCAGCUCGGUCUAGGCAGCUCUGUCUGGCUGGCCUUUGCAACGUUCAGCGCACUGGCCGUGGCUUUGCUGCCACAUGCCCACAAGGCAUUUCUCAGUGGGCCAUUGAAGCCAGUCUCUAGACCAUCCACGAUAGCUCGCGGAGCAGAGGCAGCGGAUGGCCCAGUAGGUGAUUGGGUCGAAUGCGAAAUUUCGUACACGCCCAGGAUUUCCGUCCAUCACACUGUGGUGGAGCCCCGGCGAAGUGAUAUUUACAUCUUCCACAAGCGUCAGCUGAAGGAGGACUUUGGGCAUUUGUAUGCCAAGCUGGGCUUCACCAUUCAGGGCCUCAUGUACGAGGACGUCAAGACGGUCUGUCGCGAGCCAGAGAACCUCAGCGGUACUUGCAGUGAUUGCUUCAAGUUCUUCUUUGGAGGAGCCAUUGGAUUUGUUGGCACCACCAGCCCCAAGUACUAUAAUCGUCAGGAGGUCACCGUGGAGGAGUGCGUGAGUGACACCAUGAAGUUACAUCAAGAGGCAAUGGCUGUCGAAGACAAGAGCCUGCCGGACUUAUCGAUUUGGUGUAUGAAGGAAGGUUUAUAUCAAGGAAGAUAAA